AUGCUAGGUCCCGAAGAUUUUCAACGAAAUAGAUUAGAUCAAAAAGAUAAACAAAAGAAAUUAAUUCUUGUACCUUGUCAUGGGAUUUAUAAAGGAGGUGAUCCAACAAAAAGAGAAUCAUGGUAUUUAGCUGAUUUUCAAAUUCAAGGUAAUGAUCAUUUAUGUUUUAUUGAUCAUGUUAAAACCGCUCAUGCUGAAAUGUUAAAAGAUCCAAAAGCUUAUAUAAUUUUCAGUGGUGGAGAAACUAAAGUUGAAGCAGGUCCAAUUUCUGAAGCUAUAUCAUAUAUGAAUUUAUACAAAGAAUUAUUUGGUGAUGAAGUUGAUUACUCAAGAUGUACAACUGAAAAUUAUGCAACUGAUUCAUUUGAAAAUUUAAUUCUCCUGUUUUGUCGUUUUUGGGAAGUUCAUAGUAGAUAUCCAAAAAGAGUUACAAUUGUUGGAUUUAACUUUAAAAAGGAUAGAUUUUUAGAUUUACAUUUGAAACAAGCUUUAGGUUAUCAUUUAAAAUUUGUAAAUUAUAUUGGAAAUGAUCCAGAGCCAACAAACUUAACUGAUGAAGAAAAAUCAAAAUAUUUUGAAGAUUUGAAAAACAAUGAAUAUGAAAAAGCAUAUAAACCAUAUGAAAGAGAUUGGUAUGGAAAUGAAAUGGAUUUAUUUUUGAAAAAAGCUACUCGUAAUCCGUUCAAGCGUCAUCAUGGAUAUAGAAAUACUAAUCAUCAUUUAGAAAGGUAUUUCAUAGCAAUGGGAAAUAUAGCAACAAUGUGGGAUGUUAAAGAAAAAAAUAAAUCAACUAGAAAAACAAUGCCACCUUGGCAUCAAAGAGGUUAUGGUUUAAUGUUUGGAUUACCCCCAUCAUCAGAUGAAGAAGAAGGUGAUCAAAUAAUUGAAGUUAAACCUGGAGAUCGUGGUGAAUAUGCAAUGAUAUUGCGUGAUAUAGAACUGAUGAAGGAAGGUGAUAUAGAAAUGAGUUUUGAUGAUUCAGAUAUGAAUGGAAUUGAGUCAGACUUAAGUGGUAGUGAUAUAGAAGAAUUAGAAACAAGAAUUAUUUCAAAACCAAAAGCUGCUCCAAAACCAAAAGCUACUCCAAAACCUAAAGCUACUCCAAAACCAAAAGCUACUCCAAAACCAAAAGCUGCUCCGAAACCUAAAACUACUCCGAAACCAAAAGCUGCUCCAAAACCAAAAGCUACUCCAAAACCAAAAGCUGCUCCAAAACCAAGAGCUACUCCAAAACCAAAAGCUGCUCCAAAACCAAAAGCUACUCCAAAACCAAAAGCUGCUCCAAAACCAAGAGCUACUCCAAAACCAAAAGCUGCACCUAAAUCAAAGGUAACUGAAACAAAUGGAGCUAAAACUAAAGAAACUAAGCCAAAAAAGGCUCCUAAAGAAACAAAAAAACCUACUACCAAAUCUGCACCAAAAUCAAAAUCAAAUUCAAAAGAUGAACCAAAAAUAAAAAAAGCUAGAACUAAAUAA